UCGCAGGCAGCUGCUUGCUCCACCUGAAGCACUUUCGCGGCGCUUUUGUGACACACUUUGUUUACUACGCUUUGAAAUGUGUCUCCCUGACACCUUGGCUAUCUUUUGGAGUACCCGCUGUUGAUAAGCGAAGGGAUUCCUUGACGCGCACCCAUCGGGCGUGUUGGCAAUUUGGGUGGACAAGCAGUGGAGACCCAACAUGAGAGUGGAUUUCUUUGCGGUUCUUGGCGUGAUGAUCAUCACUUGUUCAGCGAUGGAAGAAACCGUGAUGGACACUCGAGUGGCCACUGCUGAACUGGGCUGGACAGCGUAUCCUAACUCUGGGUGGGAGGAAGUAAGUGGCUACGAUGAGAACCUGAAUACCAUCAGGACGUACCAGGUGUGUAAUGUUUUUGAGUCGAGCCAAAACAACUGGCUUCUCACCACCUUCAUCAACCGGAGAGGAGCACAGCGCAUCUAUGUGGAGAUCCGCUUCACAGUUCGCGACUGCAGCUCGAUCCCCAACGUACCCGGCUCCUGCAAGGAGACGUUCAACCUUUACUACUAUGAGUCCGAUGCUGUCAUUGCCACCAAAGGAACUGCUUUCUGGAUGGAGGCGCCCUACCUCAAGGUGGACACUAUAGCUGCAGAUGAAAGCUUCUCACAAGUAGACUUUGGAGGACGUCUCAUGAAGGUCAACACUGAAGUCCGCAGCUUUGGGCCGCUUUCGAAAAACGGCUUCUAUUUGGCCUUCCAGGAUUACGGAGCUUGCAUGUCUUUGCUGUCUGUCAGGGUGUUUUAUAAGAAGUGCCCAAGCGUGGUCCAAAACUUUGCAGUCUUUCCAGAGACGAUGACUGGCGCUGAAAGCACCUCCUUGGUUAUUGCCAGGGGGGUUUGCAUUUCAAACUCGGAGGAAGUGGAUGUUCCAAUAAAGCUUUACUGUAAUGGAGACGGGGAGUGGAUGGUUCCAAUUGGCAGCUGUACUUGCAAGUCGGGCUUUGAACCAGACAACGGCAAUGUUUGUCGAGCGUGCCCACCAGGUACCUUCAAGUCGACGCAGGGUCCCGGUCUGUGCCUUCAGUGCCCUCCAAACAGCCGCUCCACUGCCGAGGCCGCCACCAUCUGUGUCUGUCGUAAUGGUUACUACCGGGGUGACGCUGAUCAGCCAGACGAACCCUGCACCAGUGUCCCAUCCAGCCCAAGGAAUGUCAUUUCCAUAGUGAACGAGACCUCUGUGAUCCUGGAGUGGCAUUCUCCAAGGGAGACUGGCGGCCGGGGCGAUGUGGUUUACAACAUCUUGUGCAAAAAGUGCCAGGCUGACCGGCGUACCUGCUCGCACUGUGAUGACAAUGUGGAAUUUGUCCCUCGUCAGCUGGGUCUGACUGAAACCAGGGUGUUUAUCAGCAACCUGCUAGCGCAUACUUUAUACAGCUUCGAGAUACAAGCUGUCAAUGGUGUCAGCAAUAAGAGUCCAUAUCCUUCGCAGCAUGUGUCUAUAGACAUCACCACCAACCAGGCUGCUCCCUCCAUUGUUCCCAUCAUGCAUCAGAUCAGCUCCACCAUGAAUAGCUUCACAUUGUCAUGGCCUCAACCAGAACAGCCUAAUGGUAUCAUUCUGGACUAUGAGCUACGUUACCACGAGAAGGACCAUGCAGAGAUUAACUCCACCAUCCUGCGGAGCCAAGCAAACACGGCACGUGUGGAGAGCCUGCGUUCAGGCACCGUAUACGUGGUGCAGGUGCGGGCACGGACCGUUGCUGGUUUUGGCAAAUACAGCAGCAAGAUGUGCUUCCAAACCCUCACAGAUGAUGACUUCAAAUCGGAGCUGAGAGAGCAACUUCCUCUAAUUGCAGGGUCAGCGGCUGCAGGAGUGGUCUUUAUUGUUUCACUUGUCGCCAUAUCUAUCGUGUGCAGCAGGAAAAGGGCCUACAGCAAGGAAGCAGUCUACAGUGACAAACUACAACAUUACAGCACAGGACGAGAACUCUCUUUGCGAGCCGACAUGUCUAACUGCCCCUCACCACUGGGCUGCCCGACCCACUUCUCAGGCUCCCCAGGGAUGAAGAUCUACAUCGACCCCUUCACGUACGAAGACCCCAACGAAGCCGUCCACGAGUUUGCCAAGGAGAUUGACGUCUCAACUGUUAAAAUCGAGGAGGUCAUUGGAGCAGGUGAAUUUGGAGAGGUAUACAAAGGACGUCUAAAGCUGCCCAGCAAGAGGGAAAUAUUUGUUGCCAUCAAGACUUUGAAGGCCGGCUACGUCGAGAAGCAGAGGCGCGACUUCCUGUCUGAAGCGUCGAUCAUGGGACAGUUUGACCACCCCAACAUCAUCCGUCUGGAAGGCGUCGUCACCAAGAGCCGACCUGUCAUGAUUGUCACUGAGUUUAUGGAGAACGGAGCCCUCGACUCAUUCCUUCGGCAAAACGAUGGACAGUUUACAGUGAUCCAAUUAGUGGGAAUGAUGCGCGGAAUCUCAGCCGGCAUGAAAUACCUCUCCGAGAUGAACUACGUGCACAGAGACCUGGCCGCUCGUAACAUUCUGGUCAACAGCAACCUGGUGUGUAAAGUGUCGGACUUCGGCCUAUCGCGGUACCUGCAGGAAGACACCUCUGAUCCCAGCUACACCAGCUCAUUGGGUGGAAAGAUCCCUGUGAGGUGGACCGCACCAGAAGCCAUUGCUUACAGGAAGUUCACAUCCGCAAGCGACGUUUGGAGCUACGGCAUCGUCAUGUGGGAAGUGAUGUCAUUUGGAGAGAGGCCCUACUGGGACAUGUCCAAUCAGGAUGUGAUUAAUGCCAUCGAGCAGGACUACCGUCUGCCGCCGCCUAUGGACUGCCCCAGUGCGCUGCACCAGCUCAUGCUAGACUGUUGGCAGAAGGACCGCAACGUCCGGCCCCGCUUCACAGACAUCGUCGGCACCCUGGACAAGAUGAUCCGUAACCCUACCAGCCUCAAAGCUGUCGCCAAUAUCCCUGCAGUGCCUUCUCAGCCACUGUUGGACAGAUCCACCCCAGACUUCAACACCUUCAGCUCCGUAGAAGACUGGCUCAGUGCCAUCAAGAUGAGCCAAUACAGAGACAACUUCCUAAACUCAGGCUUCACGUCCUUGCAGCUGGUGGCUCAAAUGACCUCAGAGGACCUGCUGCGAAUAGGCGUGACAUUAGCCGGCCACCAAAAGAAGAUCCUCACUAACAUCCAGUCCAUGAGGGUACAGAUGAGCCAGUCCCCCACCGCUAUAGCAUGACUACAGGGGGCGCCGGGCCACGGAGCGGGCAGCAUUCGGAGGACUGACAACAAUGGCAGCGUCCCACGAAUGAUCCCCGAUCUGUCGGAACGCGCCAGGGUCGAGACUGUCGUCUUAAUCUGAUCAUCACAAGGAGACCAGGGUCUACGAUUCCAAACCUACAAAAUCCAUAUGGAGGAGUUCAGGGUCCACAACUGACACACGACAAUGGAAACUGUUGCGCAAAACACAAAAUUCCUCAACAGGAAUCGGGAUUACUUAUGUUGUACCUCUAUGUUAUCUGGACUAUUUUAGAAACAACAUGUGAUCUGUGAUUUUUAUCGUUUGUUUUAUUUUUUAACACGUGUGCAAUGAAGAUGCCUUGACGUGGCCAUACAUAAGUGGUAGAAUACUCAAGUGAUCACUAGUAGGAGUAAUUAGGGGGAGAAGAAUACAGGGAUGUACAGUUGUUACGCUCGCGCCGUGCUGAGCGUCUUACAUUUUUCGUCAUUGAUUUUAUCUCUGUAGCAAGAUAGCUCACUCUUGCUUUGUACGCUACCUGUAGAGUCGUGGGUACGAGGCCUCGCCUGUGCUCAGAAUAUAUACAGUAAAUGUUUAUUUCUUGCUAAAUAUGAUUAUAUCUUUCAUAAUAGACCUUCAUAUUGAAGGUGAUGCUCAUUGAAUGUGUAUGUACAGGACUUUCCGCUUGCAUUUUUGGCAAAGACUGCUUAGACACAUGUAAUGUGUAGCUUACUCUGAUGCCCUGGAUCACUUUUAAGAAUGAACUUGGGGAUUGUCCAUCUUCUAGAUCCAGGGUCACCUCUUGACUCAACCUUUUCGUGAUGGAUAUGUCAAAAGAAAGAAAAAAAAAAAGUGAAGUAUUGUAGAGCUACAAGAAAAUUGCUGUGUAGGAGUUCUCCAAAAAAACAUCUUACUGGAGAUCAUGUUUAAUGUGGGUGUACACAUGCUGUCCAUUGAUGGUGAGCACUUACUUGUACAGUUUUAUUCUUUUAUUCCUCGUGUUUGUUAGAGGUGCACCCAUCCACAGAGGAAAAAAGGGAAGGAAGGUACCUCCUCGUUUUGGCCGCCACCAGACUCAUGACUUCUUAGAGGCUUGACACUCUUUAUAUACGUGCAUGGAAAGGACUCUGAAGUCACUGAAGGACCAUUAGAGGCAGCCAAUUAGAAAGACGACCCAUGAUUGCCAGGAAACCAGUCACGACCUCUCACCAUUCUAUGGUACACUACGGAUUUAAUGUCCACAUUUGUUUAUUUGUGUGUGUAUGUGAGCCUGAUUAUGUACAGACAUGUAUAUUGGCAAAGGUACACAGUAUGCGGGUGACUGUCUCCCUUUAUUCGUCCGUUUCUGUAUAGCUCCACACUUGUAAAUUGUGACAAAGUACACGUCCAAGAGUUUGUAAGCUGUAACUUUCUGAAAACUGUUGUACGAAAAUGCACAUAAUAAACGCCUUGACAAAACAAGUCCAUCACCUAA